AUGCUUCAAAAGACGACAAGUGAUGUAAAUGUUGAGAAAGAGGAGAAAGAAGACUCCGUUGCACUUAAAACGUUUAAAGCUUUGGUCAAAUUACCUACCGAGUUAUUGCAAAAACAAUUGGUCAUGUCUCUGAAACAGGAGGAUAAUGGAAAGUCUAUGGGAAAAAAGAGAUUUGUUGAAACUUGGAAACUCGGUGCACUAGUAAAUAUCUUGGAUGUAACAGAUAUUCAUGGAGAAUUUUAUACUGAUGGCAAUUUUGGUGGUCUGUAUUGGUCAAAGGAUGAGCAAAAAGCUGUUUAUAUCGCAGAACAAAAGGAAUUAGAUGAUUCCGAUGACCGGAAAUUUGAUUACACACAAUCUUAUGGUGAAAGAUUCAGUAAUAAAUGUGUCCCUUUAAUUGUUGUGUUUAACGUUUCAACAAAUGAAGCAAAAGUUUUACCAAAAUUCGACAAAAUUGAUACUGGACAGAUUUAUAUUACUAUUAUAUCUGAUGGGUCUAACCUGGGUAUAAAUAGAUGCGAUUAUGUUCAUUUAUGCGCCAUCCUAUUGGCUAAUAAAAAGCUUAUUUACAGAACGUCUAAGCAAUCACCACGGUUAAAUUUGUCAGGAAAUAGUUUAAUUUAUCUGUCUAAUUCAACUGGUGGUCCACAUAGCUGGUGUUCAGAACUUUAUGAGUACAAUUUUUCAUCAAAGGAAAAUCGCCUUAUUGUACCUAUAGUACGUUUUCCUUCACUAUCUUUUCAUAAUAACUUUCCUGGAAUAUAUCAGCCUGAUGUGGAAAAAGUGACACCAACUCUUGCCAAAUCAAUUUGUUCUGUAUUGCAACCUUUCGAAAAUAAUCCUUAUUUGGAAUUAAUAGUCUAUAAGCCCAAAGAUGUUCCUUCAGACAAGAAACCACCUCUUAUUGUUAUUUCACAUGGUGGACCACAUGGUGUUUGUGUUACAAGAAGUGUUGGAUUCGGCCAAGAUUGCAUCGAUUCACUUAUUGGAAAAAUAGGUAAUUUAGAAGUUGAAGAAGUUCAGGCUACCGCACAGUAUUUCAUUGAUCAAAAUGAGGUUGACCCUGAUGCGAUAGCAUUGAUUGGUGGUAGUCAUGCAGGCCAUUCAAGUUCAACAACAGUCUUAACACGUUUGUGGCAAGUCAAUAGUAACCUUUUUACAGAAGGCUGCCUUGAAAUGCACAAAAAAGACGCUAUGGCUGUUUCUAGGAUAUUGGACAUUGCACAAGACUUAAAGUAUCUCAACUUAGAAAAAUGGCUUCAAGAUAAUAUUGUAGAAUAUGGCGAUUCAUUUAUUUACAACUGUUUGGAAUUUCUGAAUAGAAAGGUCGUUUUGGAAAUAACACACGAAACUAAUGGAAACAUUCAGUCAGUCAGACUUUCUAAUGAUGUAAUUGCAACAUAUUUACGAAUACUCCAUAAUAGUACUAUAUCCGGAGAAAAUUCUGAGUUAUUUAUAGAGGUACAUAGAGAUGCCUUACAAGUGUAUCCACGUCUCACGAACAUUAGAGCUUCCUCUGAUAGCAUUGUGACUUAUACUGAGCCUUCGUCAUUUUCACAUGACUUUGAAGAAGAAGAAGCAAACUCAUAUUAUGAACGAGUUUAUCGUCAGGCGAUUAGUAUCGAAGAUAUGAUUAAACUUCUUCAGAAAUUUAAAAAUUCUCAAGAACACCGAGAGAAUGACAUUUUCUCUUGUGUGCUUAUGGGGUAUAUGGCACUUGGUAUAGCACUUCGUUACGUUUUAAAUGCACUCAGAAAUCCUUCUGACUCAGAAAUGUUCAUAUUGGAAAAUAUCCGGUGCUUUGCAGAACUAGGCUUACCACACUCUCAAUCCAAGCCUUCAAUUCUCAAACAAUCAGAUUAUACAAAGAUGUUUGAAAAUUCAUCAAUUUCAAAUAUAGAUAAAGUGAAAAUUCCAACUUUAUUGAUGUUAGGAGAAAAUGAUAAAAGAGUACCACACGUUGAUGGAUUAGGAUGGUGGUAUUAUUUGAAAGGGCAAGGUAAAGUGGAAAUACAGUGUAAAAUGUAUAAAGAGACUGGGCAUUCAUUGGAUAGCGUUGAAGCUGAAAUUCAAGGUGUUGAUACUAUUACUAAAUUUUUAAAAGAGAAGAUUGGAUUGUGA